AUGGAGACAACUUAUAAAUGCUCAUUUUGUUUAAACCAUAUCUAAAUAAGUCAAUAAUCAUUUCAUAAAUAUUUAUGCUUAGAUCAUUAAAUCCAUCGUUUUGCCUCUAAGAUUAUUAGAUUGGAGAAACACAAUAAACUGUCCUCAGAUAAAUGGGAGUAUAUUAAUAAGUACAUAGAAUUGCUUUACAACCAUUACAGAGAAGAAGUAAUUCAAAAAAGCGUGUUUAUCUCAGAGGUAUAAAAAGAGGAAUGAA